AUUUUGUAAAGGAAGUUGCAAAUUACAAAACAAAUUAUCAUGCUGUAAUCGGGGUGUUUGAAAAAAUUAUUACACUAAUUGUAAUAUUAUCCCAACACACUACAUUUUAAUCGGGAGUUUGGUGCUCAAACAAGCUGGGAAGGAGUUUGGUCAUGUGAAAAAAUCAAAAUGACAGAUGUCUAAGUGACGUGUCUCUCUGUGUUUAUUCAUACAAAAUCAACUAAUUUAAGACUUUUUACAUCGAAAUUUAUCAAAAUUGUCGUUAUGAAUUACAACGCGAAUACAGGGAACCGGCCAGCCCAUAGCCGGAAAGUUAAAAGGGUUAGUGACGUAAAUGCCAUGGGGUACACACCGUACGAUCCCACGCAAGGGAUGCCAAACAAUUUGUACCCUAAUUUGGGGUCCGAAAGCCCUGCCCCAAACCCAUAUCAACAAAAUUUUGCAAGCCCGUCGUUUAGUUCAACCCAAAAUUAUGGGGUGCCACCAAACAACCCCCAAAUGUAUGGGUUUAAUCCCGCUUCACCCUAUCCAAACGCACAGCCACCCCCGAAUCCGCAGUUCGGGGGCGUUUUUGGACAACCAAUGGUCCAAGACAUGGCCUUGCAGUAUGGACAACAGUUGGCAAAUACGGGAAAGUCGAUGAUAAAACAAGAAGUGGAAAAGUACGUUCCUGUAAAUAGCCUGAAAUAUUACUUUGCUGUCGAUACAAAGUACGUGUUGUCAAAGCUGAUGUUACUGUUCUUCCCUUUUACACAUAAGGAUUGGUCCGUUAAGUAUGAGCAAGAUGGUCCCGUCCAGCCUAGAUUCGAGAUAAAUGCUCCAGAUCUAUAUAUUCCAACAAUGGCUUAUGUAACUUACGUUUUAGUGGCGGGGAUGGUUUUAGGCAUGCAACAAAAAUUCACGCCUGAGCAAAUCGGGAUUUUGGCUUCGUCGGCUUUAGCUUGGUUUGUUGUUGAAUUGGCGGUGUAUAGUUGCACUCUUUACAUAGCCAAUAUCAAAACAACACUUAGAACAUUUGAUUUGUUAGCUUUCAGUGGUUAUAAAUUUGUGGGGAUUAUUGUUAGUAUUUUGGUGAGCCUGAUAGGCGCAAAAACGGCUUAUUACUGUUGUUUGAUAUACGUGAACUUAGCGUUAGCAUUUUUCUUAGUGCGAACAUUGAAAGCUCAAGUUCUUGUUGAGAGCAAUGCCCAGCCUACAAGCUAUUACGGGGACGUUGCCCCCCCUACAGGGAACAAGCGGAGGUUAUAUUUUCUGUUGUUUGUGGCGGCAGUGCAGCCAGUGCUUUCCUGGUGGUUGUCAUUUCAUUUAAUCGGUAGCCCAAGCCCUGAGAAACCUGUAACUGAGUGAACUUAACUGCGCUUGCUAAUUUCUUACAUUUGAGCACCUUUAACCUGUUUUUUUAUGUUAACAGUGAGUUUAUUUGAUAAAUACAUUAUUUUUAUGCUA